CCUUAGUUCGUUGCACAUGUUUGUCCAGUGUGUCCGUGCCAGUGUGUUUAUAUGUGUCACCUGUUUCAUAAUCAGUUCUUUUACAUGUAGUCUGUGAAUUUUAUCCAAAUCAAUCUCAACCAAUGUAAAAAUCAACUUGGCGCUGUCUAAGUAGUAGUGAUUAAAAAAUAAACAAUGUGAUAAAAGAUUCGAUGGUGACCUGUUGCCCUCAACAUCUAUUGGCUUGCUGUGGAUGGAAUGAUGAACUUCUCAGUGUGUUUGUGUAUGCUUUGUCUAAGUGAUGUCAGACUUUAAUAAAAAAAUAAUUGUGGAUGAUUAUUACAAGAGGUUUCUGUUGUGGCAUCAAGCAGUUGAUUUUAAAUAUUUGUACAAAACUGGGGCUCGAGUAUGGAUACCUCAUCCAGAGUUAGUAUGGGAAGGAGCGGAAGUUGUAGAAGAUUAUGUCUCAAAGAUCCUGAAAGUUAAGACAGAAGAUGGAAAAAUCAAAACGCUAGAUGUUGGAUCCGAAGAAAAUUUACCUCAUCUAAGAAAUCCUGAUAUACUAAUUGGGGAAAAUGAUCUCACAUCCUUAUCAUAUCUGCACGAGCCUGCAGUCCUUUACAACCUGCAAGUUCGAUUCUGCAACCAAAAUGCCAUCUACACCUAUUGUGGUAUCGUGUUGGUCGCCAUCAACCCGUACACAGAUCUGCCGAUCUACGGGCCAGACACGAUUCAUGCCUACCGAGGACAGGCCAUGGGUGAUCUCGACCCACACAUCUUUGCGGUGGCUGAAGAAGCCUACACGAAAAUGGAGAGGGAACAGCGUGAUCAGAGUAUCAUUGUGUCGGGAGAGUCUGGGGCGGGGAAGACAGUUUCAGCUAAGUACGCCAUGCGGUACUUCGCAACAGUCGGCGGAUCUACCACUGAGACUCAUGUGGAGAAGAAGGUUCUGGCCUCAAGUCCAAUCAUGGAGGCAAUAGGUAAUGCGAAGACAACUCGUAAUGAUAAUAGUUCAAGGUUUGGAAAGUUCAUAGAACUGCAGUUUAGUCGCACAUACAACAUCAUCGGAGCCAGCAUGCGAACGUACCUACUGGAGAAGUCUCGUGUUGUCUUUCAAGCACCAGAGGAACGCAACUAUCACAUAUUAUAUCAGCUGUGUGCUGGUAGAGAGCAGUACCCUGACCUUCACCUAGGUGAGGCAAAGGCAUACAGAUAUCUCAACAAGGAGGCUGAGAUUCCAGGUGUGGACGACAGUCAGUGUUUCCAGGAAACCAUCUCAGCCUUGGACACACUCGGCUUCUCUGAGCGUAAGAUAUCUGAUAUCUUUAAAGUUUUGGCAUCCAUUCUCCAUCUUGGAAACAUCCAAAUUUGUGGAGCAAGCGACAUGGAUGACAGCUCUAUAUCGGCCUCAGAUGUACAUUUAAGAGCUUUUGCGGAACUGCUCGGAGUGAACGUGGACCAGUUCCGAAAGUGGCUUUGUCAGCGAAGGAUUGUCAGCAGAAAUGAAAGCUUUGAAAAGCCCAUGACUCUGUUUGAGGCCUCAGGAGCACGCGAUGCCUUAGCCAAAUAUAUUUAUGCCGAGUUGUUUUCUUGGAUUGUGGAAGUAAUAAACCGCAGCCUUGAAACAUCAUCGGGAGCCAGACACAAGUUUAUCGGAGUUCUUGAUAUCUACGGGUUUGAAACAUUUGAAAUCAAUAGCUUUGAGCAGUUUUGCAUCAACUAUGCCAACGAGAAGCUACAACAACAAUUUAAUCAGCACGUAUUUAAGUUGGAACAAGAAGAGUACCUGAAGGAAGACAUCGAAUGGAAGUUUAUUGACUUCUGUGACAAUCAACCAUGCAUUGACUUGAUUGAGACAAAACUUGGUAUCCUGGACCUUCUGGACGAAGAAUGUAGGAUGCCCAAAGGUACCGACAACUCGUGGGUAGAAAAACUAUGUGCAACAUGUACCAAAUGGCCUCACUUCACAAAACCUAGAUUUGGGAACAGCGCUUUUGUGAUAAGACAUUUCGCUGACAAGGUGGAAUAUGAAGCUACUGGGUUCCUUGAGAAAAACAGAGAUACAGUUAUUGAGGAGCAGGUUGAAGCUCUGAGAAGUGGGGACAAUAGAUUAGUCCGUCACUUGUUCAGAGAUGAAAAUCGUCUUGCCCCUCCAACCAGCAUUGGCACACCUACUCCAAGAACAAGAGUUACCCUUACUUCCCAGAAGUCUGUCACAUCUGCAGGUCCUUCAAAAAAUAAGAAAACGGUAGGAUCACAGUUCCGUAGUUCAUUGAAUGCUUUGAUGUCAACGUUGAAUGCAACAACACCACAUUACAUCAGGUGCAUCAAACCUAAUGAUAACAAGCAGCCCUUUGAGUACAACUCAACAAGGGCUGUUCAGCAACUUAGAGCAUGUGGAGUUUUGGAAACCAUCCGAAUCAGUGCUGCGGGAUUUCCAUCAAGGUGGCCAUAUUUGGAUUUUUUCAACCGCUACAGGGUUCUAUGUCGAUCGAAAGAUAUUAAACGAGACAAUUUGAGGGCAACCUGCGAGUGUAUUCUAGUCAAUUUUAUUAAGGAUAGUGAUAAGUUCAAGUUUGGUAAAACAAAGAUAUUCUUUCGUGCUGGACAACUGGCCUACUUGGAGAGAUUGAGAUCGGAACGUCUCAAGCAUUGCUGCAUCGUUAUGCAGAAGACAGUGCGAGGUUUCCUGCAGCGCAAUCGUUAUCUGCGUGUGUCUCGUGCAGUGUUGACUUUGCAGAGGGUCACGCGAGGCUUCAUCGCACGCAGACGAGUAAAAGAGAUUCGCAGAAACCAUGCAGCAAAGCAGAUCCAAAGGUAUGUGCGAGGUUGGGUCAAGCGAGUACAAUACUUGCGCAUGAAGAGGCUGGCGGUGGGACUGCAGGCUCGUGUACGUGGCCUCCUGGCUCGUCGAAGGUUCCUGGAGUACAAGUAUAAUCAUGCCGCGCUUGUGAUUCAAAAGAACACUAGGGCAUGGAUUUGCCGUAAGAGGUAUAAGGAGUCAAUGCGCAAGUUGAUUGUUGCUCAGAACGCUGUUAGAAGAUUCCUAGCUCGGCGAAAACUUAAGGAGCUAAAGAAGGAGGCUCGAACUGUUCAACAUCAUAUCACUCUAAACAAAGGGCUUGAGAAUAAGAUUAUACAGUUGCAGCAACAGAUAGGCGAGCUUACAAAAGAAAACAACUCGUUAAAACUGGUCAACAACGAACUUGUGGAAACUCGUGCAAAGUUGGAAGCUUUACGGGGUGCUGAUGUUGAGCUGAAAAAGCGAACUGCUGAGUUGAACGAGAAAGAGAAGAAGUUGCUAGAAGCCACAUCAGAACUAGAGCGAGAAAAGGGUGAAAAGGUGGAUUUGAUAACCGAAAAGGAGGCACUUCUCAAUGAAUACAAUGCUGAAAAAACUCGCUACAGCAGUGAUAUUAACAUGCUAAAAGAGCAGGUUGAUGAGCUAAAUGAAAAAAUAAAAAGCAACCAGAUUAGUGCAGAGGAGUUGCUGAAAUAUCGAUUGGACACAGAAAAACAACAGCUACUACUGGAGGCUGACAAAGACCUGAAUAACUACCAGAAGGUUCUGUGUGAAAAGAAUGACUUGGAGGCGCGUUGUGACAUGUUGGAACGUGAACUCAUCAAGUUAAAGGGAGGGAAGGUUACCAACCUACACAACCGUUCUCUGUCUGACUCAUCAGGAUUGUCACAAAUAGAUGACUCCAUGAUUACACUCAUCAAUGAGAUGCCAGAAGAGGACUUUGGUUACGGCUCAGUGCGGUCAGCUAGCAGCAGAAGUACAGACCGUGGAAGUGACUGGAGCUCACAAACCACACCAGAGUCAACCAUCAACCGCAGCAAGUCAGCCGCUGCAACCAACAUACCACAACCAGAUAUCCAGCCAGUUGACGUGUCCCUGGUUCUGAAGCUACAGCAGAAAUUGAAGUCUGUAGAGAGUGAGAGAGACAGACUACAUCGCAGACUUGAAGACAAGGAUGACGGACCUGCCGAACAGAAAGCCCAGGACAACUUUAAGCUACAACAACUGGAAAUGGAAAAUAGCAAGUUAAAAGCAGAUUUGACAUCCCUGCGAAAAACUGUAGCCGAUAAUGUUCCAGGAAAAUCAGCAGAUGAGUUGAUGAAGCAAUUCAUGACUCAGGAAAAAGAGUUGGUUCGACUAGGGGAUGAAUGUGUGCAACUGCGGGGAGUCUUAGCUAACCAGACACAAGGUCUACGCAGCAUUGCCACAUCUAACUACGCAGCACAGGAUAUGGAUAUGUCUCUCAUUAAUGAGGAUGGGGAGUUGGUGCUCGCGUUUGAGGCACAAAAGAAGAUAAAUAGGCAGUUGGAAGAUGAGUUACAGACGUGCCAGAUGCGAUGGAAUGUGGAGAGAGAGGAGCUUGUUGAAGAAUUGAAGCGGCUCAGAGAAGACAAUGAGAGGCAGCAAAGACUUCUCUCUGCCAACCUUACCAAGGGUCCUCAGUCACAAAAUGAAGCUUUCCUGCAGCACGAGAUCAAACGACUCACUCAAGAAAACUUGGAUCUCCAAGAUAAACAUGAUCAAAUUGCUGAUGAGUACAGAAGGUUGAAGAAAAUGUACAAAGAUCUUCACAGAAGAAUGAAGGACGCUGGAAUGAGUGAUUUAGUUGGACCACAAGUGCCAGCGAUUGCAGAACAAACCGCUUACAGCAAACCCAUUGUGCGUAAGAAAGAGAGAAUUUACAAUGGAAUGUUUGAGUUCAAAAAAGGUGAUGAGCCCGUCAUCAUCAGACACCUCUUGUGGGAUCUUAAACCUCAGAUUGCUGUCACUCUGUUGCCUGGGCUGCCUGCAUACAUUUUGUUUAUGUGUGUUCGUCAUACUGACUUUAUCAACGAUGAAGAAAAGGUACGUGACCUUCUGGCAGGGUUUAUAAACACGGUUAAGAAAGUAAUCAGGAAAAGGCAAGACGAUAUUGAAACAACUGUCAUGUGGCUGGGCAACACUCUACGAAUGCUGCAUAAUCUCAAGCAAUACAGUGGAGAGAAGACUUUUAAGGAGGAAAAUACAGCGACACAAAACGAGCAAUGUCUUCGAAACUUUGAUCUCUCUGAAUAUAGACAAGUUCUGAGUGACCUUGCCAUCUGGAUAUACAUGGCUGUCAUCAGAUAUAUGGAACAGAAGCUGCAACACAAGGCAGUGCCAGCUAUUUUGGAACAUGAGGCUAUAACUGGACUGUCAAACGGCAUGCGCGGUCGUGCAGCCUCUGUGAGUGAUGCUGCGCCAAUCCCUGCACAACAAGCACUCGACAGUCUGCUGCAGGAACUCACUGGCUUCCAUCGCACUCUCAUCCUGCACGGAGUCGACCAAGAAAUCAUCGUGCAAGUAUUCCGACAGAUCUUCUACUACAUCUGCGCUAGUUCGCUCAACAACUUGCUUCUGAGGCGAGAUCUCUGCCAUUGGGGAAAAGGCAUGAACAUUCGUUACAAUCUGUCACACAUUGAACAAUGGGCUCGGGACCAAAAACUCAAUGAUCCAUCAAUCCUGGAGUGUUUGCAGCCGAUUAUACAAGCUGCUCAACUACUCCAGGCCCGCAAAUAUGAUGAAGACGUCAACAACGUCUGUGAAAUGUGCAUGAAGAUGUCGGUCCCUCAGAUUGUAAAACUUCUAAAUCUAUACACACCGGCAGAUGAUUAUGAAGAAAGAGUUCCCUUGUCAUUCAUCCGUAAAGUACAGCAACGACUGAAAGAGCGAGCUGGAGAUCAGGUAACCCUGUUGAUGGAUACCAAAUUCAAUUUCCCAGUGCGUUUUCCUUUCAAGCCUUCACCAAUCCAGUUGGAAGAAAUUGAAAUACCAGAAGUUCUCAACCUUCCAAUGCUAAAUAAAGUUUAAACAAUGGCUCUGCACAACUUAGAAAUAUAACCAGGUUGCAGCAACAUUCCUUAGGCUCUUGCAUAGCUUCCAAGUAUUAUGUACUAUAAAUGUAUUAUAGAUGUAAGUUUUCUUCUCACUAAAGUGAACCAAACAAAGUUGUACUUAUAUACGGUACUUACCAGCAGCACUUGUAUAACACAUAUUCCACCGAAUCAAUACCACUAAAGUAGAUAAUUAUUUUCCUAAGGAUACUAUUAAUUUCUGAAUUUUAAAAUUGUAAUAGCUAUGAGUUUGGUAGUCAAAUAUAGUUUUCAUUUAAUGGAAACAACUGUGUUAGUAUUUUCUUAGAGAGAGAGAGAGAGCGCGCCAUUAGCCGUUGAUGCAUCAUCUCAGUCAGAUAAUCGAACCAAGAUUUGAAGUAGUAGGUGGUUUCCACAAGAAUUAUUAAGGAAAAAUAUCAACUCCCCGUGUAAUGUGCUAUGUUGGAGUUAUGGAUGAAAUCAAUUGUAAGCCUUGGGUUUGUUACUAGCAUAAGUUUUUAGGCUUGAAGUAUAGACUGGCUCAAAUUAUUUUGGACAUUAAAUCCUCUUUUUUGAGAAGGCCUUUAUCAUUGCCAACACAGCCAAGUCCCACAUAUUCGGCGUAAUAUGGAUCUGAAGGGUACUCACUACUCAGUGUAAGAAGAUUGCCGAGUCGAUGACAAAAACGGGCCAAAGAUAAAAAUGUAUACUCAGAAUCUGGCUUGUGCCGUUGUUACGUGCAUGACUGAUGUGUCCUCAAUGUGACUUAAUGUCCGCCAACAGUGCUAGGUUCAAAUAGCAAAGGUACAGGGGUACUAAUAAAUCUAUCAAGUUCUAUAAUUCGCUAGCAACAUUGUAGACAUAGGGUUAUGUGGAACUUAAAAAGGAAAAUUUUAAUUUAAAAAAAAAGUCAAAAACUAUUUUAUUUCUAUUUUGGUUUACUGUAGAAUUUUUAUUUACAAUUUUUUGGGAUUUUACUAUAGUACAUGUCAGUCCUCUUUUGGAUCCUUUCGGUUUGGACUUUUGAUGGUUCAAAUGGCCAUGUUCUUCUGGAUUUUACACAUGUAACAUGGAAUUUUUAAAUGUAUUGAUUCAUUUAGUUAGUACCUUCUGAUGUUUAGUUCCAACAAGUCUCCAGCUUAAUGGUGUCGGGACAAGAGAAAGUUCACUGUGUAUGGUCUAAAAACUCGAUCGGCAAAUCAAUUUUAAAAUCAUAUUUUUUUCAAAAUGAGGUUAAAAAGAAAUUCUUUAAAAUAUUUACUCAAUCACAACAUAGCAAGAUGAUGAUGAGACCUCCAGUAAGUGUACUACACCAGUGAUAAUAGUUGCAAUCAACCGCAAUAGAUGCAAAUCGUUACCUAAAAUUCAAGCAUACUACGAGAGCCACCUGUAAAAUGCUGUUGGAAAAUUAUUUUUGAAAUUAUAUUAUUGGCUACAAAUCUUCCUAAAAUAAUACAUUUCCUUUGGUUACCUUGUUUCAAAAAGAAAACACCGGUCCUUCUGUCUCAGAUUUAUUUAACAACAGUUAAUAUUACUCAAACAUCAGAAGAACUAAAAUCAGAUCAGUCCUUGGCUCCGUUCACAAUUUUACGAGGUUGGUUGGCGUUGAAUGAUUGGAAUGGUAAUUAUAACUACAGUAGUCUCGCUCUAGAGUAUAUGUCAUUAUUUAGUGGAGGUUUAUAGAAAGUGUUAAAAAUGUCUUAGUUCAAUUACUGUCUUACUGUUAAUUUGUCCUCUCAACUUUUAAUUUAAAAAGCAAAUUCACAAAUCUGGUAUCAUAAAUGUUUAUUUCAACUAAUAAAUGUAUUGUUGAUUUUAGAAUGUCACUGUGUAUACUAAACGCCCUUAUAUUGGACAGAUGAUAAAAGUAUAAGAUUUAUAAUUUCCUUCCAUUUUAAAUUCAUUUACCAAUUAAUUAUUGAAACAAAUAAUAGGUACUUAACAUUAUCCCUCCUUUACUUAUUACAUUAAGUACACCUCAUAAAAGGUUAGAUGAAUAACAUUCCUAUUUUUAUUUGACAAAAAUAAUGUUGUGUUAUUAUAUUUUUGGAAUAUUUUGUAAUUUAUUUGCCAUAUUAUUGUGAUCGAUCUUGAUUGUAAACUUUUAAUUGAUAAGGUAACAUUCCUCAGUUGACUCCUUUAAACUGCCAUUACACAUUAUGAUACGUUUUUCCAUUGUAAAAAUGUGUUGGCUAAGUAAAUAUUUACAAAUUAUGUUAACUUAUGUGAAUACAACUGAUUUCCAUUGUUAAUAACAAAUUUUGUUUAGGACGUUAUUUAUUAUUUUAUGUUAGGUAUGUGCAUUCCAGAGAAAUUAUAGCUUUAAAGAGUUAGUCUAAAGAGCUAGGCUAUGUAACAGUAUUUAUCUUAUUUGUUAACAUGUAAUGUGCAAUAUGUAAGAAUAAUUAAUAACAUUCCUGUUGUUUAAAAAUGUACAAUUGAAAGAAUUUACUGGAUUGUUACAUUGUGUGUUAUAUUUUUAUCCAUAGUAUAUUUAUGUCAGUUAAAUAUUUAUUAAUUUAAUUGAAAUCGGAUAAAUAUAAUACCAGUUGUAGGUAGGUGUAAGGAGUGUGUACAUAAUGUCUUGAUCUAUAGAGCAGUGCUAAAUUAAAAAAAAA